UGAAUAUGCGAAUAGGCCCUUUAGCUAAUGGUAGGUACCAUAUAAAUUCAAUUGGGUGUAUAAACUAAAUGACAAUAAAAUGGAAUUAUAGAAAUCCUUCUUGAAGAUUUAAUUCCUGGACAGCCACCAAUGGUUGGACUUCAGCCUCGGCCACCUGUAUUGCCGCCAUUCCACAUUCAUGGAGCUGGUAGACCUAGGAAGGGCCGUAGUUGUCAACGGGCAGCAGCAGUUCCAGAAAAUCAUGAAAUGGUCCGGCAUCGAAAUGUGCGCCAACAACCAGGUGGUGGUAACCUUCGAUUAAUUGAAGAUCAUUGUCUUCUCGGGAAUUCGGAUAAUAUUGAGGCACCAAUCCAGAUUCAAGCAAAUAAUGAAGACCGAAAUGUGCCACUUGAUCUACCAGGAAACGAAAUUGAACUGCCAGAUAUUGAUGAUACGUUAGUGGAGGAAGAGGUCUAUGAAAUAGUUGAACUUGGCAUAGAUGAUGCUCUUGUUGAAGGUAGAUUGAUUUUAAAUGUUAUAAUACUGAAACAUUAGGUUAAUAACUUUCAAUUUUGUUUCACAACAAAACACUCCACCAACUCAACAGGCAGUUGAUUUAGAUUUCCCUACAUUCGAAGGCAAGUUAUUAUUAUAAUAAUUUUCUUUUAAAAGGAUGUUACACUGACAUUUGUUAUCGUCUUAGAAGUGUGUAACAUACCUAAUUUUACUCUCAAAAAAUCAUGUUUAG